UAAGACUUGGGUUGUGAAGUGUGAUGUUGAUCUGAUGACAGCUUGAGCCUGAAGGUUCAGUAUAAAUAAGAUAGGGACUCCUACACCCAACGAUGGUCGCCAUUGUUGUGUCCUUGGCUUCUACGCUACUUUCAGUCGCUUCUUCUGCUUCACCUUCUUCUUCCACCAGCUUUUUGACGAAAUUACGUUCUGCCCCUAGUUUUCGACUUUCUUUUGCAGUUACGCCCUUGGGUUACCGGAGAGGCAGGCUCAUGGCUCACACCAUUGCGAAGGCCACUCUCGGCCUCACUCAGCCCAACGCCAUUGAACUCCCAAAGAUCUCUUUUGCUGCUAAGGAGAUUGAUGUAACGGAGUGGAAAGGUGACAUACUCGCCGUGGGAGUGACAGAGAAAGACUUGACGAAAGAUGAGAAUUCAAAGUUUGAGAAUCCCAUAUUGAAAAAGCUAGAUUCCCAUUUGGGGGGUCUCUUGGCUGAAGCCUCCUCUGAGGAGGACUUCACCGGAAAGACAGGUCAAUCCACGGUUCUGAGGCUUCCCGGUCUAGGAUCGAAGAGGGUCGGUUUGAUUGGACUUGGACAGUCUGCUUCAAGUACAGCAGAUUUCCGUGGUCUCGGCGAGGCUGUGGCUGCAGCGGCCAAAGCUGCUCAAUCAGCUGAAGUUGCUAUUGUGCUUGCCUCCUCUGAGGGCCUUUCUGUGGAAUCAAAGCUUAGUACAGCUUCGGCGAUCGUCUCUGGAACUGUAUUGGGGACACAUGAUGAUAAUAGGUACCGAUCAGAGUCGAAGAAACCUACUAUUAAAUCUGUGGACAUUCUUGGUCUUGGAACCGGACCCGAAGUAGAGAAGAAGCUCAAGUAUGCGGAAGAUCUUUCUUCUGGAAUACUUUUUGGGAAAGAGCUAGUGAAUUCACCUGCCAAUGUGCUUACGCCUGCGGUGCUCGCUGAAGAGGCCUCAAAGAUUGCUGCUACCUACAGCGAUGUUCUUUCGGCAAAAAUAUUGGAUGUAGAGCAGUGCAAAGAAUUGAAGAUGGGUUCCUACUUGGGUGUUGCUGCUGCCUCGGCAAAUCCUCCACGUUUCAUCCAUUUGACUUACAAACCCCCAAGUGGUGAUGUUAAGACCAAGUUGGCAUUAGUUGGAAAGGGAUUGACUUUUGACAGUGGUGGCUACAACAUCAAGACAGGACCCGGCUGCUCCAUUGAGCUCAUGAAAUUUGACAUGGGUGGUUCGGCAGUAGUUUUAGGUGCAGCGAAAGCUAUUGGUCAAAUCAAACCCGCUGGUGUAGAGGUUCAUUUCAUUGUUGCGGCUUGUGAGAAUAUGAUAAGUGGAACAGGCAUGAGACCUGGGGACAUUGUGACAGCAUCAAAUGGAAAGACCAUUGAGGUCAACAACACUGAUGCUGAGGGCAGACUAACUCUGGCAGAUGCUUUGGUAUAUGCUUGUAACCAAGGUGCUGAGAAGAUUGUUGAUCUGGCCACCUUGACUGGUGCUUGUGUAGUUGCUCUUGGACCUUCAAUUGCAGGUGUGUUUUCACCGAGUGAUGACCUGGCCAAUGAGGUACUUGCAGCUUCAGAGUCCGGUGGGGAGAAAAUUUGGAGGCUGCCAUUGGAGGAGAGUUAUUGGGAAUCGAUGAAAUCUGGGAUCGCUGAUAUGGUCAACACAGGCGGUCGUCAAGGUGGUGCUAUCACUGCAGCUCUCUUCUUGAAACAGUUUGUUGAUGAAAAGGUUCAGUGGAUGCACAUUGACAUGGCUGGCCCCGUCUGGAAUGACAAGAAACGCUCUGCUACUGGAUUCGGUAUUUCUACUCUGGUGGAGUGGGUUGUGAAGAACUCCUCUUAGACGUGUUUAUUUUAUUUGUCACUAGAGAGCAAGGCCAAAGUUAGUUGGGGCAGAAACAGAGUAGAUCCUGAUGGGAUUCUUUGGUAUUUAGUUAAGUUAUGACGUUGGUUUCUGUCGCAAAGUGCUGAGCCUGGGAAUUGGCCUUUUUAUUUUUCAGUACUCCUUGUCUUUGGUCCUUGUAAUAAUUUCUUUUCCUGUUUUCAAAAAGGGAUAAAAAAAAAAAAACCCCAAGAAUUAGAACAUCUUUUGCAUUUUUAAAUGUCUGCAGAAAUGAGAGAAUUGGAAAAUAAAUAUAUUGUGUGUUUUACAUUGGUCUGUUCGUCUAUUCUUGAACUUCGGUUAACUCUUCCGGAGCUUCUCUGGUAGGAUUUAUUCGAUUUAGGAUAAAUUUUGUUUUUGUUC